AAAAUUAAUAGACCCAGGCCCUUCUAGGUUCUUUAUAGUAACUGCGGUUCUUAGCUCACAGUCUUCUGAACGCUUCGGUGGAUCAGGGCAAAGAAGUGAGUGGCUCUGCAAGGGUUUCUGGGACUUUCGAAUUUGUUCGCUGGUUAAAGACACACGGAGCUUCGAGGCAUAACAAGCAAUGCGGUUAGUCAGACUCCUGAAGAACAUCAGUGGACCAGUGCUUCGAGUUUGUUUGCUUCAUGAAGGGAGGAGGACCAAAGUGCCGAUCAUGAACCAUGAAGAAGUCGGUUCUCAGCUACGUCAAGUUCUGAAAAAGGAAGAGUUGUUGGCCCUUGCUGCCAGAAUAAGGGACAACUACCCCUAUUGCCUACAAAUGUACAACACUCUGCUACUGACCGCCAGGGGACUGAAUGCUUGCUUCCAGUACGAGAUCUAUGUGCCCAGGAAUUACCAGGACUCUCAUAUCGUCAUUUGGAGGUCACUGAUUGAAGUGUCCAGCAGGCAUGAAGGUCCAGAGGCUGGGGAGGGUAGGCAUCCAAAAAAUGCUGGAAACUAACAAAUACUGGAACAACGCUUCUCUAGAUCUUACAUGCAGCUUGGCAGAAAACCUGCCAAUGCUGGGAAUUUACUUAGACCCAGAUGUUGUGGAGGAGAAGGUCAUUGACUUAAAUGACAUCAGUUCUGCAGAAGACGAAGCAACACCAAUCGCGCAGGUAGGCUCCACCCCUCACGGUACUUUGGGAUGGUUGUGGAUUGAUGCCAAGUACAGGAGGUUUGGGCUGGCAAGUCUCCUCGUCGAGGUGAUGGGUCAACUCCAGAUGUCUGAGGGGAUUUUUCCUAUUGGCGUUGUGGACCACUAUAAUGACUCCUCCACUAGAAUGUCCGAUAAGCUGCCAGGCUGUAGGAAAACCCACUGUGUCAGCAGGAUAAUCCCUGCUCAGUGAGGGGUCCUUUUGUCAGUCCAGAUCCAUUGCAAGGUUAGGUCUUGCAGUUCAGUCCCCAUUUUCACACGAGAAUCAUGCCUUGUUUUGAUUUUAAGUCUAUUAUUGUAAUUUGAGGUGUUAUCCGAUGGUAGUAGGAUUUAGUAUAUGAUUCUAUACCAUGAGAAGAUUGUAAGAUUCAUUAUAUAAUAAAUUUUUAAUAAGUGGUGAAUUAUUAGCUUUUGUCUUUAUUUUAAUGUAUUUUUGUCAAAUUUUCUCCCUGUCGCUUUCAGUCUUUCCGUUUUCAUUCCUAGACAUUUGAUUUGUUGAAUCCAAGGCUCGUGGUCACCAUUAAACGAAAACAUUUUGACAGCCAUUUCCUCUUCUCAUCAAGUCCUCUUUUCAUCGUUUAUCUCUUAUUUUUUUCAAUCUUCAUCUUUUCAUCUUUCAUUUUUCAUCUUCCCUUUAUUCAUUUUGCUUCAUUUCAUGUUUUCUUUAUUCAUUUUUCAUCAUUACAUCUUUCAACUUUUCUGCUUUCAUCUUUUCACCCUCCAUCUCUUUAUCUUUCACUUUAAUAGAGGCAGCGGAGCGUCGCUGUCAGCAGAGUUACUCCCGAGUGAGCUGAAACAAAGGCUUCGCAGUUGAUAGAUUUCGAAGGAUUUAAUGACCUUGAGGGCGAGUGGUCCCUCAAGGGAGAGUCUUUGUUCCCAAGGUGAUUUCAUUGUUCCGGAGGCAAUGCUUCAGUUUCAUUUCAUUUUUUCCACAUUGACAGCAGUGCUUAUGUUUUCGGUCGUGUAGAAAUGUAACUUAUCUUUUAUAUAUACUAAAAUAGUUUCUCUCUUUUCAAUGUUAAUCAAUUUUUCUUACAUGGUAUAAGCUGUGGUUAUGAAUUUAUUUUCGCAGAAAAUGUAACAUUUCAUUUGUGCUUACUAAGAUUAUUUUCUCCUUUAAUUGUUAUUAUUGUUAGAAUUGUUUUUACUGCUUCAUUUUAUGAUAUGGAAUACAAACGCUUUGUAAAUAAAAAAAGAGUAUUGUUUUCUUUAAUAAAAAUUCUAUGAUGAUGAUAACAAUGUGGGUAUUAUUGAUGAUUGAUGAUGUUCCCUUGACGUAAAACACUCAUAAAUGUUUAAUAAGCUUGACAAUCCCAUAAUCAAGCAAAUAAAAAUAUUUGGAUCUGAAAUUUUAUCUGGACUUCUGAACUUUCAUAAUUAGGUAAAGGUAUUCUUCUUUUGUUUAUUACAUAUAUGCA